CUAACAACGGCGCUGGGGCGCACUUAAUUGCUGCGCACCCUCUACAAAUGGCGCGGCUGAAGGUCGUCGUCCUGGCCUCGUGCAUGCUACUGUUUGGCACCAUCAACACGCUUACAACCAAAUUCCAGGACUUGGCAGUUGUGGGUCAUACACCCGAUGGAAAACCGGUCACCUUCAAACAUCCAGCUGUGCAGUCCGCCUUCAUGUUCUUCGGCGAGAUGCUGUGCCUGCUGCCGUACUACCUCAUGGAGUGGAAGUACGGCAACACGAAGAGCAGGAUACGGCGCCGUACGGAACUGGAGCGCCGCGGCCCCGCCUUCCGCGCCCGCCGCAUGCUCAUCUUUGCCGUACCUGCGGCGUGUGACGCGGUGGCGACCACACUGCUGAACCUCGGGCUGUACUACACUUUCGCCUCCACCUACCAGAUGCUCCGCGGCACGCUGGUCCUCUUCGCCGGCUUUUUCACCGUCACCAUCCUGCGCCGCCGCCUCUACGUGCACCACUGGCUGGGCAUGGCGCUCAUCACGGGCGGGGCGGCGCUGGUGGGGGCGGCCAGUGUGCUGAGCAGUGCGGCGGCGGGGCAGCAGGGGAAC